UACAUGGAACUACAGAAUCUUACACAUGUCUCAGAAUUCCUCCUCAUGGGACUCUCAGAUGAUCCAGAACUUCAGCCCUUCAUACUUGGGCUCUUCCUCUGCAUGUACCUGGUUGCCAUACUUGGAAACAUGCUCAUCAUCCUGGCUGUCAGUUCUGAUUCCCACCCCCACACCCCCAUGUACUUCUUCCUUUCCAAUCUGUCUUUGGCUGACAUUGGUGUUAUCACCACCACAGUCCCAAAGAUGCUGGUGAAUAUCCAGGCACACAGCAAAUCCAUCACUUAUGCAGGCUGCCUCACUCAGGUGUCCUUUUUUUUCCUCUUUGGCUGUUUGGACAGUCUACUCCUGGCCGUGAUGGCCUAUGACCGGUUAGUGGCCAUUUGUUACCCCCUGCACUACCUGGUCAUCAUAAAGCCCCACGUAUGUGGUUUGUUGGUCCUGGUGUCAUUUUUCAUCAGCCUUUUGGACUCCCAGAUUCACUUCUUGAUGAUUUCACAGCUUACCUUCUGCACAAAUGUAGAAAUCCCUAAUUUCUUUCGUGACGCCCCUCAACUUAUCCAUCUUGCCUGUUCUGACACCUCCAUUGAUGACAUAUUAAUCUAUUUUACUGGUGGGAUUCCCAUCUCAGGGAUCCUUUAUUCUUAUACUCAAAUUGUUUCCUCCAUUCUGAGAAUUCCAUCAACAGGUGGGAAGUACAAAGUCUUUGCUACCUGUGGCUCUCACCUGUCAGUUGUUUGUUUAUUUUAUGAAACAGCUCUUGGGGUGUACCUCAGUUCAGCUGUCUCCCCUUCCCCCCAGAAGAGUUUAGUGGCCUCAGCGAUGUACACCCUGGUCACCCCCAUGUUGAACCCCUUCAUCUACAGCCUGAGGAACAAAGAUAUCAAGAAUGCCUUGUGGAGGAUUAUCAACAGAAUAGCCUAA